CUCCCGCCCCACGCCUCUGUCCUUUCCGCCUGCUUGUCUCCAUUCCCACUAUUCCGUCCUUAACCAUUAGGUAAUAUCUAUGAUUCGUGGAAUUGUUAUGCAUAAUAAUUAGGCUUUAUUAUAAACCAGGGCGGUUCGCACGGAUGCGCUCAGAGCCAAACUGAGUCUGAAGAGGACACGAGUGGUAUCGCAGCUCAGAGCCGGGGAGGAGAUCGGAGUUGUCGACAUCGGGACUGUCCAUUGAUAUCCACUGACUCGCAGGUCACUUCACGUCCGACUAUGAAGGGCUUAGUUGCCGCAACCCUCCUGCUGCUGCUCAUCGUUAUUUGCUCCAUCGAUGUCGAAGCUUACAAAUGUAAAUGUACACGGAAGAGCCCGAAGAUCCGCUACAAGGACGUCCGAAAAGUGGAAUCCAGACCCCGAUACCCUUACUGUAAAGAAAAAAUGAUCUUUGUUACCAUGGCGAAAGGAGAUCGAUUCAAGGGCCGGCAGUACUGCUUACAUCCCAAACUCCCGACUACCAGACAUUUGCUCAAACGGUAUAACACCUGGAGAGAAGAUAUUCGGGUUUAUGAGGAGUAGUUUUGUUCUCCUUUUCCUAAGAAUGCACACAAAACCUGCACUUACUGAAGCGACAGACUAAACUACGUAAGUCUGAUUAAAGGAUCUUCGUUUCCAGCACAAUGAACUCUUCUGUCUCUCCCCCUCUCUCUCCGGUAAUGUACUGCUUUACCAAUGGUCACUUACUAUACAACAGGCUCACCACUACAGGGUGCAGUGAGAAGUCAGCCAAGCGGCUUUGUACUCCAGUCUCUUCGCCUCCAUGGCUGUGUGAACGCUCGAAUGAAUAAAUGACGAGAAAACGGCUUUCUUCAUUAAAUAUGGUGUAAUUUGAUAUUUUUGUAUUUCAUUACCUGGCAUAUUGUGAUAUCUAAAAGGUACACUCAUGACUUUAAAACACUUUUUGCGCAGGAGUAGUUCUGUGCGUUCAUUUGAAUACGGAGAGCGCAUCUCAAGGAAACAAUCGUGAAUUAAGCAAGGAAAAAUGAUUUAAGAAAACAUUAUGUUCUGCUUUUGUCUUUGUGGGAGGAAAUCGAUACUUUACUUUGGAGGGAAUAGUGGGUUGGGCCCAUAGCAAGCGGUUAAAUUACAGCCGUGGUUGCAUCUGCGCUUAGCAUCUAUCUAUAUUCCUGCCAAAUUAUUCAUAAUCGCAAUAUGCAGUGUACUGUCUGUAAAUAUAGCAGCAGCUGAGACUUUGUAAUCAUGGCUCUGAUGAAAUUUAAAGUGUUUUCAAUUAAAAUUUAAGAAACUGCGGAAACGUUGUACACCUCAUUCGGAGGAAAUCGCAAAAAACUUGGUUGUAUUUCUAGUUAUUUUGUAUUUACUGUGCACUGUGCACGAGUGAAAUAAACGCGUUCAUAUUAAAUUCAAA